AUGACUAGUUACAUCAAAGACUGCUUCUACUCGCUAUCUACUUGCAUAAGCUGCUUCCCGUCGCCGCAGCUGCGCAUCAACAACCGGUCGUUCAAAAUCCGAAAGCUUUUGGGCGAGGGAGGCUUUGCUUUCGUGUACCUGGUGGAAACACGUGGUCAGGAGUUGUUUGCUCUCAAAAAGAUCCGAUGCCCGUUCGGACCCGAGUCCGUUCAGACGGCGAUGCGCGAGGUGGACGCUUACAAGACUUUUGACAGCCCUUACAUCAUCAAGUACGUGGACAGCAGCGUGGAACAGGAGGCUGACGGAAGCAAAUCGGUGUACAUCCUGCUACCCUACCUCAAAAACGGCAACCUGCAGGACGCAAUCAACGACCAUGUGAUGAACGGUACCCAUUUUUCCGAGGAGGAACUAAUGGCCCUGGUGGUGGAGAUUUGCCAUGCUAUCAAGACUCUCCAUCAACACAGAAUUGGAGGAGACGUGUCGACAACUACCACUGUGCCCCAGUCAUCGUACAGAUUGGGAGACGAUGAGGAGCAAGGUCUGGUGGCUGCUGAUGAACUCAACAACAGCGCCAAUGCCACCCCUCUGUCUGAACUUGUCCCCUAUGCACACAGAGACAUCAAGCCCGCAAACAUCAUGCUCAGUGACAAUGGACGGCCCAUUUUGAUGGAUUUGGGUUCUUGUUCGCGUGCUCGAAUUGACGUUUCCUCUCGGCAAAAAGCGCUCGAACUGCAGGACAUGGCUGCCGAGCAGUGUUCCAUGCCGUAUCGAGCUCCGGAGCUCUUUGACGUCAAGACUGGUGCAAACAUUGACGAGCGAGUUGAUGUUUGGUCGCUAGGCUGCACUAUCUACACUCUCAUGUACUUCACUUCGCCAUUUGAGCAUCAGACUAACGAGACUGGAGCUUCUCUCAACCUGGCUAUCAUGAACGGACAUUUCACCAUGCCUGCUUCGCCAGAGUACUCGGACCAGCUCAAGGGUUUGGUCAAGAAGUGUCUGAUUGUCGAUCCUCAGGAGCGACCUUUCAUUGACGAUGUACUGAAGGCCGCAAGUGAGGAAUAUCGGGAGGUUUAA